AUGUCUUCCCUUUCGCGUACCAUUCGACCCGCCCUCCGCGUCGCUGGCAGGGCUGCAUCGAAAAAUGUGACCGCCAUUCGGGCGACUUCGGCGUUGAGGUCUUCUCAAGGAUCGAACACUGUACGGUCUUUCUCUGCUAUUCCCUGCCGCCGCAAUGAGGCCGUGGACAUUAGCGACAUCCCGCCCACCCCGAUCACACACUUCACCGAGGUCGAGACGGCGAUGAGGGAAUCCGUUUCCAAGUUUGCCAACGAUGUCAUCCUCCCCAAGGUUCGAGAUAUGGAUGAGGCGGAAGCUAUGGAGCCCGCCAUUGUCGAGCAGCUCUUCGAGCAGGGCUUUAUGGGUGUCGAGAUUCCCGAGGAGUACGGUGGUGCGGGAAUGAACUUUACCUCUGCCAUUAUCGGCAUUGAGGAGCUUGCGCGGGUUGACCCCAGCGUCAGCGUUAUGGUCGAUGUCCACAACACCUUGGUCAACACUGCCAUCAUGAAGUGGGGAUCUGCCGACCUUAAGAAGAGGUUCCUCCCCAAGCUUGCGACCAACUCUGUCGGUUCGUUCUGCUUGUCGGAGCCCGUUUCCGGCUCGGACGCUUUCGCGCUCGCGACCAAGGCCGAGGAGACCAGCGACGGCUUCAAGAUCUCUGGCUCGAAGAUGUGGAUCACCAACUCCAUGGAGGCUGGCGUCUUCAUUGUCUUCGCCAACCUCGACCCCAGCAAGGGCUACAAGGGUAUCACCGCCUUCAUCGUCGAGAAGGGCACCCCAGGUUUCUCGAUCGCCAAGAAGGAGAAGAAGCUCGGUAUCCGAGCCAGCAGCACCUGCGUCCUCAACUUCGACGAUGUCAUCGUCCCCAAGGAGAACAUCCUCGGUGAGAGGGGCCAGGGUUACAAGUAUGCCAUCAACAUCCUCAACGAGGGUCGCAUUGGUAUCGCUGCGCAGAUGACUGGUUUGGCCCUCGGUGCCUUCGAAAACGCCGCCAAGUACGCCUUCAACGAGAGGAAGCAGUUCGGCCAGCUCAUCGGUGAGUUCCAGGGCAUGCAGCACCAGAUUGCGCAGUCCUACGUCGAGAUCACCGCCGCUCGCCACCUCGUCUACAACGCCGCCAGGAAGAAGGAGGCUGGUGAGAACUUCAUCAGGGAUGCCGCCAUCGCGAAGCUCUACGCUUCUCAGGUCGCUGGACGUGUCAGCAGCCUUGCCGUUGAGUGGAUGGGCGGUAUGGGCUUCGUCAGGGAGGGCCUCGCCGAGAAGUUCUUCAGGGACAGCAAGAUUGGCGCCAUCUACGAGGGCACCAGCAACAUCCAGUUGAACACUAUUGCGAAGAGCCUCCAGAAGGACUACUCGGCGUAA